AUGGCGGGGCCUAGCUUGAGUGAGGGGUGUAUAGCCUCUGUGGAACUUAUUUGCGCCGAACACUUGCAGCGAACCUUGCUUGCGUGCGACGAGGCGACGGCAUUUCAGCGAAUUGUAGCUCAGGCGGUUGUUCUCCAGGGAGGUCGCUGGGGCUUUGAGCAGCACUACGCGUUGGGUGGUGGUGGGCAUCGUGGGUAUCCGUUGGAUUAUGCGAUAGCGCAACCGGGUGUGUGGAAAUCUUUGAAGGGAGCGGUGCGUGCAGACCGAGUGUUGGAGCGACGAGAAAGGUUCAUGCAAAAAGAGGGAGGUCUGUUGCACCGGAUAGCGGUGGCAUCUAGAGGCAUUCGCGAAAGUGGCGCAAGUUUGUAUCCCUCAAGUUGA